GAAACCGUAGCAGCACAUUCACAUCCAGAGGCCACAAACAUGUUCAGCCGAGCAGUAAUGUAGUCGGCCAACAAGUAGCUGGAUCAGCGCUAUCCGCGAGCACUACACAAAGAAAAGGCUUCCAGUCCGGGGUUAUGCGGCGUUCAUGCUUGGAUCGAUGUCGUCAUGCUGUAUUUUAGCCUGGUUGUGAGCUGAUAAUUGUGUUUUGUUUCGCGGCGAGUGUUAUGUGUUGACUGUAAAGAGGACAGUGCGUCACCGUUCAAGAUGGACACUGCCGAAGAAGCUGAUAUAUGUAGGGUUUGUCGAUCUGAGGGAACCCAAGACAAACCCCUCUACCAUCCCUGUGUGUGUACUGGAAGUAUUAAGUUCAUCCACCAAGAAUGCUUGGUGCAGUGGCUUAAACACAGCAGAAAAGAAUACUGCGAAUUAUGCAAGCACAGAUUUGCUUUCACGCCAAUCUACUCUCCAGACAUGCCUUCACGGCUCCCAGUGCAGGACAUUUUCGCAGGACUGGUCACCAGUAUAGGCACAGCAAUCCGAUACUGGUUUCAUUACACGCUUGUUGCCUUUGCUUGGCUGGGGGUUGUACCAUUAACAGCAUGUCGCAUCUAUAAGUGUCUGUUCACUGGAUCUGUAAGCUCGCUCCUGACUCUGCCGUUAGACAUGCUCUCCACAGAGAACUUGCUGGCCGACUGCCUGCAGGGCUGUUUUGUGGUGACCUGCACCCUCUGCGCCUUCAUCAGUCUGGUGUGGCUGCGGGAGCAGAUUGUUCACGGUGGAGCCCCUUUAUGGUUGGAGCAGAACCAGCAGCAACCUGCCAAUGCCGCAGGACCGCCCAAUGAGGCCCCUGGCCAGGGUAAUGGAGGUGCUGAGAACCAGCCCAUGCCAGCUCCGGCUGAACCUCCAGCAGAAAAUGCUGCAGCUGCUGAGGCUCCUGACCUCCCCGCUGAUCCUGCUGAAGAGAUGGAGCUGGAUAAUGAGGAUGAGGAUGAUGGAGGAGCUGAAGAUGUGGCGGAUGCUAACAAUGGAGCACAAGAUGAUAUGAACUGGAAUGCUCUGGAAUGGGAUCGUGCAGCUGAAGAGCUUACUUGGGAAAGGAUGCUUGGGCUUGAUGGCUCUCUGGUUUUCCUGGAGCAUGUGUUCUGGGUGGUCUCACUCAACACUCUCUUCAUUUUGGUGUUUGCUUUCUGCCCCUACCAUAUUGGCCACUUCUCAGUGGUUGGUCUUGGGUUUGAAGAAUAUGUCCGUGCCUCACACUUUGAGGGACUCAUCACCACUAUUGUUGGAUAUGUUCUUUUAGCCAUCACACUCAUUGUGUGUCAUGGAUUAGCAGCGCUUGUGAGAUUUCAAAGAUCACGCCGCUUGUUAGGCGUCUGCUACAUAGUUGUAAAGGUGUCUCUUCUAGUAGUCGUAGAGAUUGGUGUGUUCCCCCUCAUCUGCGGCUGGUGGCUUGAUAUCUGCUCUUUGGAAAUGUUUGACGCUUCAUUGAAAGACAGAGAGUUGAGUUUCGAAUCAGCUCCGGGGACCACCAUGUUUCUUCACUGGCUGGUGGGAAUGGUCUAUGUCUUCUAUUUUGCAUCUUUCAUUCUUUUACUCCGAGAGGUACUGAGGCCUGGAGUGUUAUGGUUUCUCAGAAAUCUGAAUGAUCCAGAUUUCAACCCUGUGCAGGAAAUGAUUCACCUGCCAAUAUACAGACACCUGAGACGAUUCAUAUUAUCUGUGGUUGUGUUUGGCUCAAUAGUUCUUCUUAUGUUGUGGCUUCCUAUCCGGAUAAUCAAGCACAUCUUUCCUUCAUUUCUACCCUACAAUGUGAUGCUUUACAGUGACGCUCCAGUGAGCGAGUUGUCUCUGGAGCUGCUGUUGUUGCAGGUCGUUCUUCCUGCACUGUUGGAACAGGGACACACACGGCAAUGGCUCAAAGGUCUAGUGCGAGCCUGGACCGUGACCGCUGGAUACUUGCUAGAUUUGCACUCGUACUUGCUGGGAGACCAGGAAGACAAUGAGAACAAUGCCAACCAGCAAGCCAAUAACAAUAACCAACAGGCCCGUAACAAUGCUAUUCCUGUGGUGGGAGAAGGGCUGCAUGCUGCCCACCAAGCCAUACUGCAGCAGGGCGGCCCGGUAGGGUUCCAACCCUACCACCGGCCCAUGAAAUUUCCUCUAAGGAUUGUCUUGCUGAUAUUGUUCAUGUGCGUGACGCUACUUUUGGCCAGUUUGGUGUGUCUUACGUUACCAGUGUUCACUGGACGCUGGCUGAUGUCCUUCUGGACGGGCAGUGCAAAGAUACACGAACUGUACACUGCAGCAUGUGGCCUCUAUGUGUGCUGGCUCUCCAUCAGAGCGAUCACCGUACUGCUGGCCUGGAUGCCUCAGGGUCGCAGAGUCAUCCUGCUAAAGAUUCAGGAGUGGACCCUCAUGCUUCAAGACAGCUCGUGUAUGAAGAAUGGAGUCACAUGCAUUGCUCAGAUUAUGAAGACCCUGAUUGUGGCUGUGCUGUUGGCUGGAGUGAUUCCUCUGCUCUUGGGACUGCUGUUUGAGCUGGUGAUUGUAGCUCCUCUCAGAGUGCCGCUGGAUCAGACUCCUUUGUUCUACCCCUGGCAGGACUGGGCUUUAGGAGUGCUUCAUGCCAAAAUCAUUGCUGCCAUCACCCUCAUGGGUCCCCAGUGGUGGCUGAAGACCGUUAUUGAGCAGGUGUAUGCCAAUGGAAUCAGGAACAUUGACCUUCAUUUCAUCAUCAGGAAGCUGGCGGCGCCGGUCAUUGCUGUAUUGCUGCUGUCUCUUUGCAUCCCUUAUGUGAUUGCUGUGGGCAUCGUGCCCCUGCUUGGGGUCACGAUGGAGAUGCAGAAUCUUGUGCAGAGGAGAAUCUACCCCUUCCUCCUGAUGGUGGUGUUCCUGAUGGGGAUCCUCUCUUUUCAAAUCCGACAAUUCAAGCGCCUUUAUGAGCACAUCAAGAAUGACAAGUACCUGGUUGGACAGAGACUAGUGAACUAUGAACGGAAGGCCGGGAAAGCCAGCGCCAGCACACACAGCAGUUCAGUUCAGGAGUAAAGAGCUGGAUUGAGCAUGUUCGAAUGACUGAAUGAGCCUUCCUCUCCUGCUCCCUCUGCUUACCCGUGAUGUGUGCAUUCAAACAUCCAUCACAUCCACUAAAAGACUCCAAAAACUGAUCUCUGGCCUCUCUGAGCCUGCCAGCGAAAAGGGGCGAAAGAGCCAUGUACAUAAACAGGUCUGCAGCCAACCAACCAACCAACCACGGACUCAACAAAACAAUGUCUCACUCCUUAAAAAAGAAAAAAAAAAAGAGAAAAAAAUGAAGUAUGUGUAUUAAUUUAUUAAAUCUAGUUGUUACUUUGUUUGUGCUAAGACUCGACCCUCUUGGGUCCUUUCAUCACCCCUCAUUGAGAGGCCGGUCAGACUUCAGGUCUCUGAACAAACGUCUGGAUCAUAAUGGAGCUGGACUGUCGCAUUAGUACUUUUGUUUUGUUUUUUUAUUUAUUAGUUUUGAGGUUUCGAUGAAAUGAUAUGAUCUUAAAGUUUUCAAAUGAGAGGCUCUUGUUGAUUUGAUGCUAUGGAUAGUGUGUCUUGCGUUCAUUUUUCCAAUGCUUUACCCUCUCUGAUUUUUUGUGCAGAGCUGAUAAGGCGGGGUUUAACGGUUAAGCCACACCCAUCCACUUCCUGUCAUGUGGAAAAGAGGGAAUUUCAUUCAGCAACAGUUUGCGCGGGACUGUUGUUGACCAGUUUAAGAAUAUUGAAGCACAGAGUCAGUAUCUAGCAGCCGAAAGCCUAGAUUGCCGGUAGUGUUUAUGGCUCACAGUGAGCCGCAAAGCCUACCUCUGUCUGCUAGCACUUCUUUAACUCUGGAAAAAGUCCUUUGAGUAGCUUAGAAGAGUGCUAAUCGUGUCAGUGGUUGAGCUAGCAUAUUUGUUUGCUGUUCAAGUUGAUAUUGACCGUCGUACGUCCGUCUCGUUCUCAGCAUGGCCUACUCAACACUUUCUCAUUAAUGUAACACUGGCACGUACACAAGUUGCACUUUUUUAAAAAAAUCAAAAAACAAAAGAAGCGUCUUUUAAGAGCAGCAAUAGUUCAGAAACCCUUUAGACCAAAUUUUUUUUAACUCGCUAUAAUUCAUCAAACUGAUCAAAUCGGCCGAAGCGUAUGGUUUAUUAUGAUUCUUGGUGAAAGAGGUGUCUGUUUUGUGUCUGUAGAUAAAGAGGAGAUCCACAACACACAUUUGUAAAUAAUGUAACUUUACGAUUGUUCGUAGCAGAGUAUUUUUUUUUUUUCUUCUUCAUUUCAGAUUUGCUGCGUCUGUUACAGGUUCACGAUUCCCUGAAGGAUUUGUCUCAGACGGCUUUAGACAUAGUGUUAAUCAGCGCUGAGAUUCUAUAAGUGACCUUAUAGUAUCUUAUUACACUGAAACUGAUACUGUACGCUUCUUGAUAGCUUGCGCUCCUCUGGAAGGCAAAUGUUCUAUUUUUAUAUGUGCAACUAGUGACACCGUUUUCAUCUUUGAUCGUCCAUCGAUUUGAUUUCCUCAAGUUUUUUUGUUUUGUUUUCCUGAGGUCAGCUAGAAUCCAGGUUAAGGUAGUGGUCCAGAACUAAACGCCUUUGUUUGUCUGGUUUGCUAAGCCUUUUCUUUUUUCAUAGCAUGUUUGUGUGAGAAAUAUUCAGUAUUCUGAAUGUUUUCAAACCUUCUGCUGGGAGGCUCUCGCUGUAAUUACAUCCUUAAAGGCAGACCUUUUUUUUUUUUGAAAACUUUUAUUACAAAUAUUAAAUCACAAAGUGUGGUAUGCA